UGAUUUCAAGCAGCGGGUCAGUUUAGUAGCGAGAAACUCGUCCCACGAGAGAGAACCGUCCGUGUGUUCCGUAGUGUCGUGUUACGUGAAACUUCAAUGCGUCGCCGCCGUUCCUCUUUAACUGCUGCUUCUGGUUACUAGUAUCGUCAUUAGUAGUGUGUAGUGUGUUAUUUGCUGUUUUUGUGUUCCCGGGUGUCCUUCGGGAAGUGGAAUCGCCCCUUUCUAUCAGUGUACUGAUCGGAAUCUUUUGAUUCCUGCUGAUGGUCGAUCUUUCUCGAUCCCACAAUCCUCUUCCAGCCAGCUAGCCGUGGCGUCAGUUGUGCGAAUAGGUCGUGGUGCACCCUCAUACAUCAAGAAGAAAUAACGCAACGUUGCAGCACGAGUUGGUUGACUGCUACCGCUGGUGAUAUUCAACAAGUGUGAACCCGGGUGAGGCCAAAGUUGACAACGUCCAUAGUCUCUCGGGGGGGAACUUCAGGAAUUUGGUCCUCUGAAGGUGCAAAACAGGGCGUUUCAAAGGUUCUUCGAACGAAGGGAAGGUUCAGCAGAAGAGAAAAGCGAGUGAAAUUUUCAGUGCGUCUAGUGUCUGCUGCUGGAGUAAGUAGCUGAGUGUGAUUUGAAGAAAACGAAGAAGAAGAAUCAAAAGCAGAGUAAUAGGUGCUCUAGAGGUGAAAGAAGCCGAUCAAGUGGUGGUGAAUCAAAAUGGGUUGUGCAGUGAGUAGAGAUAAGGAAGCCAUCGAGCGGUCAAAAAACAUUGACCGAGCGCUGCGUGCCGAUGGAGAACGGGCUGCGAGCGAAGUCAAGCUGCUUCUUCUGGGUGCCGGUGAAUCUGGCAAAUCGACAAUCGUCAAACAGAUGAAAAUUAUCCACGAAACCGGCUACUCACAGGAAGAAUGCGAACAGUAUCGGCCAGUAGUUUACAGCAACACAAUUCAAAGCCUGAUGGCCAUCAUCCGGGCGAUGGGCCAACUCCGGAUCGAUUUUGCCGAUCCCAGCAAGACAGACAUCGCCCGCCAGUUUUUCACAUACGCCUCGGCCACCGAGGAAGGCGAACUGACGCCGGAGCUGGUCUCGCUAAUGAAGAAACUGUGGACCGAUCCGGGCGUGCAGCUUUGCUUUUCCCGAUCCCGGGAGUACCAGCUCAACGAUUCCGCCGCCUACUACCUGAACUCGCUGGACCGGAUCUCCCAGCACAGCUACAUUCCCACCCAGCAGGACGUGCUUCGGACACGGGUCAAAACGACCGGCAUCGUCGAGACGCACUUCAGCUUCAAAGGCAUUCACUUCAAAAUGUUCGAUGUGGGAGGCCAACGUUCGGAACGGAAGAAAUGGAUACACUGCUUCGAAGGUGUAACGGCAAUUAUUUUCUGCGUAGCGCUUUCCGGAUACGAUCUGGUGCUGGCAGAGGACGAAGAGAUGAAUCGGAUGAUUGAAUCGAUGAAGCUGUUCGAUUCGAUAUGCAACUCCAAGUGGUUCGUCGAUACCUCCAUCAUACUGUUCCUCAACAAGAAGGAUCUGUUCGAGGAGAAAAUCAACCGAUCCCCGCUGACCAUCUGCUUCCCGGAGUACAGUGGUUCCAACACGUACGAAGAGGCCUCCAGCUACAUCCGGAUGAAGUUCGAGAAUCUGAACAAGCGAAAAGAUCAGAAGGAGAUCUACACCCACCUAACGUGCGCCACCGACACCAGCAACAUCCAGUUUGUGUUCGACGCCGUAUCGGACGUCAUCAUCAAAAACAACCUCAAGGACUGCGGUCUAUUCUAAACAGAUAAAGAAGAUCGGAGGAAAGUUUCAGAGCGGAAGGCUGCAACAAACAACUACAACAAGAAUCGAAACCGAAGUUCAAUCACGCACACAGAAUACCGGGCAACUCAAAACCAAAUUUCCCAAAUCAUGAAAACAUCAUUUAGUAUGCAUAAUAAUAAUGUAUCCUGUUAAAGGAAGUGUGUGGUCACGUAAAAAGUCCAAGUCACAUACAAUUGCAAGGUGUCUGUUUUUCUCAGUGUUGUGAAUGCGCCUGCCAGGUAGGCAACCUACCAAACAGCUUCCGCCAAAAAACGAUUUAAUGCAAGCGAAGUAAAAAAAACUUGGACGAGCUAGCAAACUACAUAGCUGCUGCAAGAAGAAGAGAGUAUUGUAAAUCCGUGAGGUUUUUGCUAUUGUUGUUGUUAAAUUGCGAUCGAGCUUUCAACGUAAAUGAAAUCAGUAGGAGCUAGUUGACUAUAAGAAGCGAACUAAAAAAAAUGGAUAAAACUGUUAAUGAGAGUUAUGCUCUAAACAGUGAGAAAACAACGAGAUUGUGUCGUCUGCCAAAAUAAGAAAACUACUACUUCCGAGUCGCGCACUAACUUCCUAUAAUCCUAAAAACAGGCACAAAUCAUAACUGAAAACUUCAAAUCCAACGGACAAGUUUCGAACGCACAGUGGCGUGUUCUGAAAAGUUAGAGCUUGAGCUUGAGCUUGAGCUUGGAUAAACCGUACAUUUCAGUAGUUGCUACUCCGUGAUUGACAAGAACCAUCAAAAUUGCACAUAGAUCCAAAUAAAUGGGGCUUGGGAUUAGCUUACCAUUUUCUGUGUGCACGUUUCGAAGGUUCCUUAUCUUAUAUGGUCAAUAACGGCGCCGGCCACGUCCUUACGGUUCAUCGGGGAAAGGGAAGGAUUGUUAGUUCGACUUCCGUUGCUACUAGAGACCGAAUACACCUCUAAAUCUCCACGGUCGUCACAGGAAGGGUGGUUUGUUAGUGAGUAAGGUAAAUAAGAUCUGGAUUCCCUUUGGGAAGGGAUGUGAUCAAAGCAAAGUUAAAAAUCGUCGCGUCGCACACUAUCGAGUACAUCGCGUUUUUAUACGUCCUAAAUAACUUAGUACUUAGCACCGGCGUAACUCACCGAAUUUUACCGCGCGCUUAAGACGAAAAGAGCAAAGCGUCCUAACGUGGCACUUUUAUACACGUGCAAUGCACUUGGCAACGAUGCAACUCACCGAAUUUUAUCACGCGUUUAAAGUUUAAAACGAGAAGAGCAAGAACGAUCUAGCGAGCAAAAAACGAACACCGAACCAACCGAUCACGUCAAUUAUCCCCACACAAACACACACAACGAACCGACCCUACUGACGAAAAAAUGAUCCAUUACCGAACACUGCACAAGCCUUUGAUUAGACCGGAGACUUAAAAAAAAAUGAAAACGCAAAUUAACUCUUGCAAAAACUCAGAAUAAAAGCUUUACAAAGCUACCAUUUGUUUGUAACACGAAAACUAACAUUACAUUGAUUUUUCUUUUUCUGAAUUUACAAAAUCUUUAGAUUUAGAAAUUUUUACGAUUUUUCAUAUUCAUCGAUGAACGUCAAAAGAAACACGAAACUAGUUUUAAUCUAAACUUUCAAUGAACACCCCAACAAAAGCUCUGAUAUUUUCGAAAUAUCUGUGUAGUAUAGAAAAAAAAAAUCACUACAUUGAUAUUCAGAACUAAAGCGAUUUAGUGUUAUUCAUUUCCGUAAUAGGAGGUAAAAAGUACCUGUCAAAUUUAAAAUUCACUGUUUAAAAAAUUUAGGUAACAUAAAUGCUUCGAAAAUCCGAAAUUGGGAAAAUGGCGACAAUAAAACAAAAAACUCUUUUUUUUGCUGUAGUGAUAUUGAAAAUUUGCCGACCAAACUCACUAUCCUAUUCGCCCCGCCCCCCUCCCCCCAACACACACACACACACACACACACACACACACACACACACACACACACACACACACACACACACACACACACAACCUCUACAUUAUCGUCUAAAUAAAAACAAAACCACUUAGCUGAAAUCCACGGUGCCGUUUUCCAAUCUGUCACCAGCAUUUACACCGUACAAAAAUCCUAUUGGAAAAGCUCCUGUCAUCAUUCUGACCCCAUAUCACGUGCAAUGUUGCAUUCAACUAUUAGAACACAACGCUCUUCAAGUAACGCCAGUUACACCCGUUACAAACUUUAUGAGCUUUUUCUCACAAGCCCUUGAACAAAAGCCUGUAUAACCGGUUCUUCUUUUCGACGCCAUUUACAAUAUGCACUUUUCUUCCGGCACAACACAAACAUUUAUAGCGCAGAAAAACCACCGAAUCACAAAAUUCAAUUAGAAAUUGCACUUUCCCCAUCGACAACCAAUCACCGUGCGACCGGACAACUACUUUAAAAGAUUUAACUGUACGUAUUUCACCAGAAAUAAGUAAAAUUGCGGAACCGACUCGAGAUAAACGAUGUAUGCUUGGCAAUGUUGCCAGCUUCUUCAGUGGCGUGUUCUGAAAAGUUAGGGAAAAAAACUAACCCACAAACACACAUACAUACAUACAUACAUGAACAAAACACGCUUAUAAAUAUUACAUAUUAGUUAUUUUUUUGAAAUAACGAUUCUUUUUUAUACGUAUAAAAACUUGAGAGAGCAUUGUUGUGUGCGCGCAAGUGUAGUUUGGGCGUAAUUUUUUUUAACUUUUACAAAGAAAUAAUCAGAAAAAAGCCAGGCUUCUAUCUUAGCCACCGAAAGUUUUUAGAAAACAAAACGCAUCAGGAAAUUCAAAGAAAUUGAUGUCUAUUAUGGUUAAACACUAAUCCAAAUCUGGUGGUAAAAUCAACAGCAGAAAAAUUCGAAAACACAGUGAGUAGUUAUAUUUUUAUAUCCAGUAAGCAGAAGCAGAAAAUAUACCUAUAUAUGAAUGGAAUUUACUGUACGUUGUUCAAUUAAAACGAAGAGAAACACUAAGUAAUAUAAAAGCUGUAUUCGCCUUGUUGUUAAGAAAUGCUAUUGAAUAUUAUAGAAAAACUAGAAAACGAAACAGUUGAAAACAUUAACAAACUAGCAUUUGCAAGUUACUGACGAGUCCUCCAGAGACUUGAAGGCAUCGUAAAAAGUGAGACAGAUUGGAUAUCACGAGGGACUCCUCAAUAUAGAAGAGGACAUUGAAAAACAUCAUAUUUAUAUCUUAUUAUUGUUAGAUAUAACUGAAACGGAGAAGAGGCGAGAUGUGUUUGUAAAAAUAUUAACGAAUUUAAUCGACGGUAGAACAGCGCAAAAGUAUAAGUAAGUGAAGGAAGAAUGCAGGAACCAUCAUAACGCCAUAAGACUCUGGUAAUUUUGUAGGCGAGCAAAAAUGCUUAGUUUAAAUUUUGUUUGUUUGAAGGUUUGUCUUUUGUUAGAUUUCCUUUUUUCAAAUUCAAAGACUGUUCGAAAUUAUUUUAAAACAGUUUGAGGGUUCUUGGAAAAUAUUUUUGAUUUGAUACUUUCAAUUUUUUUUAUUUAAGCUUUUAGUGUUAAAAGAUGUGUAAAUUCGGAAUUAUUUGUAAUUUCUCGAUCAUUGGUUUUCGAUUUGAUUUCUUUGCUUGACUUUGUAUUCAAAAUAUUGAUUAUUUUCCAAUAAUUAUCAGGUUUCAUCAAUUUUACAAAGACGGAUAAAUCUUCAAACCAGCAAAAAAAGUUCUACUUGUGUGUGAUUAGUUAAACUAGAUUAACUCCUUGUGCUAUUUAUUUCCUCGUUUAGUUUAGGUAUUCAAAAAUAUGUUUAUAAUUUAAACGCACUUAUUGCUUCAAGCAUUUUUUGUAUAUCAGUAACGCCCAUUCCAACUAAAAAACGAUUUGUAAGAACAAACUGACUCGAACCAACUCCCAAAAAUGGCUCUUUUCUUUUCAUUUUUUUACCCAAAAGUAAGUUUACCAGUAGCAAAGCAUAUCAUGCGACCCUUCGAAAGCAUCAAUUGAAUUACAUACCUACCAUUGUUAGGAAAAUCUUUCGAACAAACAAAAUCCAUAGAAAGAAAAAUUGGAAACAUUUCUAAGACUGAUGAACUCCUCACCAAUUUGAGAGUCGCACUCAAAGUUUACAGGCAUAGUAAAACAAAAAAAAACUACCUACCAAUGAAACGCGGAAGUCUUUCUCCAAAAAAUGAAACAGAAUUGAUUGUUUUCUUUUAGUUUUCGAUCAUUUUUUUAACAGCUAAUAUAUCAAAACUGGUUGAACAAGACUUGAAUGCAACGAUAAGAAUUUUGUCAAUAAGAAAAAACUAAACUAAAAUAAUAACUUCCUGAGAUAGAAAGAAAAAAAACCUAAACACUUUUGAAACAGAUGAGACCUAAAACUAAACCUAGCAGAGCGGAAGAAAAAGAAAAAGCUUAAGCAAAGCAAAACGUACAGAUCAGUGUUACUAAGUAAAUUGUAAGUUGCCGAAAAUUUAAAAAAAAAACAAACAUACCUACAAAUGUUGAAAUUUAUCACCUCUAGGCUAAAACAGAACAAAACAAAAAUGUAUAAUUAACAGAUAACAAGUUGAUUUGAAUGUCAUAACGCUAACCUGAUGAAAGUAAGAGCAAGAAAUAUUACGAAAAAACUAUUUUAAAAGCAGGUAAACUCAAUCAUUUACUAUUAUGUAUUAAUUUUGUAUAUUGAAUUUGAAUAGAAGAAGUACUGCGAACAAAACGUGUGUAACCUAAAGACCUGUUUCGACACCUACCUAAUUACAUUACUAUUUUACAAAGUUAGACGAAACUCCAACACAAAUUGAAGUGAGAGAAUCCACAACUGCAGAGCUCCUACCAUUACUUUUUUCACAACUCAUUUUUUUUUUUUAAACAUACUUAUCAAUAAGUUUUCUAGAAACAAAAUGUAUCAUUUCUCAUCUGCUCUAGUAAUCAUAAACCUCCAACAUACAUUAUUGCAGUUGUAUUUUUGUCUCAUCAUUUUUAUUGUUUUCUGGAAAAUCAAAUUAUUAAUGCGCGUGUGCGUGCGCGCGCCUAAUAAUUUAUGUCCUCGGCUCGUCGGUGGAAUCGGUGAUUUUUGCCGAAAGUUAAGAAAAAUUAAACCUGCGUGGAGUGAAAGAGGACAGGCAGGCAGGCAGAUCAUGGUUUUGAUAAGAUAUACAUAUAUUUAAAAUAUAAACAUUUCUUAUUUGA